UUGUACACGCAAGUCUGAACAGUAUUUGCUCUGACUCUCUGCAUAUAUGAUGAGAAGUCCAUUUUCGUUUUGAUGACCAACUGACAACAGUCACAGCACCUCCGACCGCAUUGUUCCAAUGGAGUUGAUCUCUCUCAAGCUAUUGCUGUUUCCGCUACUGAUUCUUUGCUCCAGCAGAGCAGUUUUGGCACAGCAUUUGGUCGAAAGUCUGCCUGGUUUGCCCGAUAAACUCCCCAACAAAUUUGAAACCGGAUAUAUCGGUGUGGGAGAAAAUGAGGAGGCCCAACUUUUCUACUACUUCUUUGAGUCUGAAAGCAAACCUGAAAAGGAUCCCUUGUUACUUUGGCUGACUGGGGGACCUGGUUGUACGGGUCUUUCCACCAUUUUACUAGAAAUGGGUACCUUUAUGCUCGACUAUGCGAAUAGCAAAGGGGGUUCAGUAGCACUGAAGUUAAAUGAGUAUGCUUGGACAAAGGCUGCCAACAUUUUGUUUAUCGAUCAACCUGUCGGUACUGGAUUUUCUUAUUCAAAAACUUUGGAAAGUUCCCUUGCAAACGAUACAUUGUCUGGAAAACUUACUUACGACUUCCUUAAAAAGUGGCUUAUAGGCCACCCCAAAUAUCUAGAGAAUCCACUCUACAUUUUUGGUGAAUCUUAUGGUGGCAUCAUUAUUCCCCUUGUUGUCAAUGAAGUGUAUAAUGGCAUUGAUGCAGGGGACAAACCUGUGUUAAAUAUGAAGGGUUAUGGAAUAGGAAAUCCUAUUACCGAUUUGUUCGCCGACCUUAAUGAAAGAAUACCAUACGCUCACCGAAUGGGACUCCUAUCAGAUAAAUUAUAUCAGUCGGCAAAAGUUAAUUGUCAUGGGAACUACCUGAAUGUUGAUUCGGAUAAUGAUUUAUGCCUAAAUGAUAUUGAAAAAAUAAAUCAGUGUCUUGAUAGAAUUGCCAAGGCCCAUAUAUUAGAUCCGUGGUGUGAAGACUCGUUGGCAAAGAAACAAGAUGUCCUGUCGUGGUAUAUGUCUUUUGAAGAAAAUUCUAUAAAUUUUUUACAAUCGGUAGUUGCUGCUGGGAAAAAAGAAUGGUGCCGAGAAGAUAAUGUUCGCCUUGCCCAUACAUGGGCAAAUGAUAAAUCUGCUCAAAAAGCUCUUAAUGUUCGUGAGGGAACAAUAAAGCAAUGGGUGAGAUGCAACCAAAGCAUUGUUAAUAGUACACCUGGUCCAAGUGGGAUUAUUCCUUACAUAAAUAAUGUUAAAAGGACAGUAGGCUAUCACCAGAAGUUCACACAUAAAAGUGCUCGAGUUUUGAUUUUCAGCGGUGAUCAUGAUAUGAUGGCUCCUCACAUAUCCACUGAAAAAUGGAUAGAAUCCUUGAAAGUGCCAAUUAAAAGUGAUUGGAGACCUUGGUUUCAUGAAAAUCAAAUUGGAGGAUACACUAUGCAGUAUGCACAAGGAGAUUACGAACUCACAUAUGCCACCAUCAAGGGAGGUGGCCAUACAAAUCCAGAAUUCAGACCUAAGGAAAGCUUUGUCAUGUUCGAUAGAUGGAUUCGUGGAAACACUCUCUAGAAUGAUACAAUUUCAACACAAAUGGUACCGUGAUGUGGUUGUAAUUUUGAUUAAUGGAUGAAAUGAGAAUUUUGUCUUGGGCACAAAAACAUAUUAGGCGUGAUUAAAUCUAGAGAGAGAAUUUUUGUGAGAGAGUGAUUUAUAUGUUGUCAAAUUAAUGAAUAGUAAUUUGAUAUAAAAAAUUAAUUAUUUAGUAUU